AUGGAGGCAGCGCGGUCGGCAACGGGACGUCUGCUGCUGCGCGAGCUCAACCCCUACAUCUUGUGCACGCUUUGCGGCGGCUACUUCAUUGACGCCACCACCAUCGUCGAGUGCCUGCACUCCUUUUGUCGGAGUUGCAUCGUACGUCACCUUGAGAAGAGCAAGUUCUGCCCUAUCUGCGAUGUCCAGGUGCACAAGGCGAAGCCACUGCAAAGCCUCCGGAGCGACCGGACGCUGCAGACGCUGGUGUACAAGCUGGUGCCCGGGCUGUACCAGGCCGAGGUGCGGCGCCGGCGGGAGUUCGAGGCGGGCCACGGGGUGCCGCCGCGGCCGCAGUCGCCUUCCUACUUCCUCUCCGCCGACGACUCCGUGCUCCUCGAGCUGGGAUACCACCAAAGUGACUUUCCGACGGAUGAUGAGGCGCCCAACGGUGGAGAGAUGCAGCAUUCAAAGGAGGAGGCGGCGGGUGUGCAUCCGUGGUACCUGCGCUGCCCUGCAGCCGUCAGCAUCCGCCAGCUGAAGCACCUGGUGCGCUCCAAGUUCGGCGUCACGGACGAACACCGAGUAGACGUCAUCUACAGGGGCGAGUGUCUGCCAGACACGUUCACGCUCAUGGACAUCGCGUACACCUUCUCCUGCCAACGGGAGGCGGGGGCCGAAGCGGCCGCGUCCGUCCAGCCGGAGCCCUCGCGAGAAACGUCCGUCUGUCCAGAAGAGCCGCCGCCCCAGACGGAUGACAAGGUGGACCCGCAGCCGGCGGAAGCGCCUGCAGCGGACCCUCCAGCGCGUGUCGAAAACUUGCCGCCUGCUUCACUGACUGACGCGCAGGGGGCCGUCCCGGAAGCUGCGCCCUGCGUCGAGAACUCGCUGGGGCCGCAGCAGCAGCCGGAAAAGGCGGCGUCAGCGGCAGACGUGCCGGCGCAGGGCCAGCAGCCGCAACCCGCUACGCCGACGACAGAGGCGACGCAAGAGAAAAGCGACGAGGCGAAGGACUGCGCGGCGGUAGCGCCGCUGACUGACUGCGUUGCGAGCGCAAACCACAAGACUGAAGGAGGGGAGGCCGAGCGCAAGCCGGCCAGUCCGGAGAGAGAGCCCGAGUUGCCGCCGCCACCUCCACCCCAGCCACUGCUUGCGCCCAACCCCAUCGUCCUGCCUGUCACCUCGUUCGACCUGGAAUCUAUAGCGGACGACUUCAACGAAGAGGAGGACGAGGACGAGUUUACCUUGAGAAUAUCGUCUUCUGAAGGCGAGGACGAGGAAGUGGUCCCCGAGCCUCUGCCCGAGAAACCCAAAGAGCCGGAACCCGUUCCGGAGAAGCCCGCGGAGGAGGAGGAGCAGCCAGUGUUGCCGAGAGAGAAGAGGGGCAAGGGUCUCGGCAAGUCGAAGGCGAAAACGAGAGAGGAACACGGCGGUGGGCGCAAGAGGAGUAAGCACAAGUCUAAACACCACGCGCGCGGCGAAGAAGGUGCUAAGAAGAGGAGGGUACACAAGAGCGAAAUCACGUCGACGCCGACGAUUUUGCAGUACGAUAAGGACGCCAUGAAGCUGAAAGUGAAGCUGAAUUCCCCUACGAGUCCGGUGAUAUCUAACCUUCCGUCUUCCUCGAAUUCGGGGCACCACAAGCACCACCCUCACCACCACUCCAAACACCACCACCAUAACAAACACCAGGAGCAGCAGGACCAGAACGGAGCGGGGGUGGGAAGUAGUGGCGACGCGGCUAACGCCGACGGAGAUUGGGCGGUCGCUCCCAAGGAGCGCGUUCCACAGAUCAGAUCGCAUAGGACGAACAAGAGUCUGUGCUAUACUCCCAAGUCUCCCGACACAUCCGAGGGAGGAAACGCGGCGAAGAAGACGAACGUGAUGCUUCCGCCGUCCUCCAUCACCGUAAGCAAGGUGACUGCCGGCGAGAAGCGCAAGCUCGACCACAAGACGAACAGUGCGUCGGAAAGUAAGAGGCCCGCCCUCGAGAUUAUGCUGGUCAGCGCGCCCGGCCCCGGACAGUCGGGCAGCGGAGGACAGAACAAGACUGCUGCCAAGUCGUCUACUUCGUCCAAGCAAACUCCGUCCACUACGAGCGAGUCGGAGUUCGGUAAAAAGGCGGGUGGGGGUGAGGGUCCGAGUGCGAAAACGUCGAGACCUCUGCCGGCGACGAUACCGCUCGUGAGGAUUAAGAAGCCCUCGGCGACGGGCGUGCGGCCCCUGACGGGUCUGACGAUCACUCCGAAGCCGCCGUCGAACGCCGCGAACAAGAGCGCGCCGCCGACGAGGACUGCGGCGGCGCCCAAGGCGGACAGCAGCAAGCCGGACGACGAGCAGGCGAUCCGGCACGACGACAUCGGCGCGCUCGACCUGUCGGGCAAGUCGUCUCGGGCGCGGGACGGCGCGUCGCCCACGUCGCCCGGCAUGGACCUCAGCUCGCCGCCCUCCACCAAGAGCCCCACGGCGCCCGCGCAGCAGAGCAUCCUGUCCAUCGCGCAGACGCUCGUCCACCGCCAGCUAUCCAGCCUGCACCCGGGGCUCGUUAUGGCCGGCAACGCCAACCUCAUCUCGUCGACGGUACCCGGUCGUAACGGGAGCAACUCUCCCAACGCGCCCUCGGACGGUGCGCUCUCCUCCGCGCUGCUGGGGACGCUGGCGGGGCCCGGCGGAGGUGGCGGCGGCGCGCCGUCCGGAUCGACGCCGACGUCCAAUAUGAGCAACCUCAAGACGCUGUCCGAGGCGGCGGUGCACGUCCGCAACAUGAUGUCGUCACAAGGCAAGGGCGGCGCGCGUGCGCCGUCCAAGCAGCAGCAGCAACAACAGCAACAACAACAGAAGGCGGUGGCAGCGGCAGCCGCGGCGGCGGCGACGUCGCAGGCCAAGGGUCCGGCCAAGUCCGGAGCGUUCUCGCGGCCGUCCCCGACCGGUCAGUACGCGUCCGGCGCCGGCUCCGGCGCGCCCUCCGCCUACUCGCUGGCCGCUGCGGGAGGCCCCGGCUCGCCGAUCCGCAUCCCCGUUCCGCCGUCCAAGCCGGCGGGCACUCCACAGCUCCACGACGUGUUCUCGUGCCGCGGUCGCGGCGCGGCGGGGGCGGGGCCGCCCGGGGGCGGCUACGCCAGCCGCAAACCCGGCCCCAACCAGACGGUGCGCCACAUCCCCAACCCGUCGGCGCUCAUGUUCCGCCAGCAGCCGCAGCACCGCAUGCAGGCCAAGGCGCCGCCCAUCUACCAGGGCUACGCCACGUCCAAGGCGUCUGCCGCGCAGGCCGCCGCCGCCGCCGCCGCCGCCGCCACCGCCACCGCCACCACCGCCCAGUCGUCCGUCUCCAACAUCCGCAAGAUGGAGAACAUGACGCGCAACAUCGAGAAGGUGGCCGCCGGGCUCACCAUCCGCGCCGUCGAGGCCAACGUCAGCAAGUGA